GAUUUCUCAACCCUGAUGGCCACAGGAGUGGUCAGCGCAAAAAUAUAAAGUAGAGCUGCUCUAGUUUAUCUAAGUAGAUUUUUGCUAUAGUUAGAACAGCUGUACUCAUCAGCAAGAUGUUGCUGCUGCUCCACGUUCUCGAACUCGGGAACGUGGAAUCACCAAAUAAACGUCAAUCCAGCGCAAGAGCUAUGCAUUGCAAAAGUAUCGUACUCGUAUAAAUGCAUUACAAAUUUCCUCAGCAUGAGAAAUAAAAUUUGUAAUGCGGAUUUAGCUCCAGAAAAAAAUUUGUAAAUGCAUGAUUGCAAUUGCUACGAGUGCGAUACUUUUGCACAGGAUAAGAACUGCACCCGAUUAUUCCUCUUCCUCCACCUCCCCACCGACCGAAUACGUGGUGGAAGUGAAAACAAACGCCGCACCGUCUCCCCUGUCCGGUCACAGUAAUAAUGGGAGUGCAACCCUGUAUAAUUUUCGCCCAAAAAUUCUCAGCGUCCCUACCGUCGCUGGUACAACUCCUGGAGAAGAUGUUGAAAGCACAGCUGUAGGAGCUGGAAAAAAAUCGCACGGCCGGCCCUAUCGAAUGUAGAAAUGUCUGGGUCUGGAAGAAUGCGAGAUUUGUGAUGCAGGUUUUCCAUGACCCAUGAGGCCUGGCAUGCAGCACCUAGCAUGAGAGAUGCUGUGAGAUGUCUAUCAUGCCUAUCCUGCAUGAGAAACUCCCUGUCAACCUGGUCAAAAGCGGACAUCUUUUGGUAAUCAUGCAACACAAAUUUUUGCAUGAUCCAGAUGCAGCAUGACAAGUUCCAAUCUUCCAGACCCAGACAUUUUUGCAAUUCAUAGGCCUGUCCAGAUCCCGAUCGUGAAUGACGGGAAAGCGAAGUUGUCACCGGAAUUCGGUUAUCCAAAACAAAAGUAUCGUACUCGUAUAAAUGCCAGACUAGCAUGACAAAUCUGGUUUCUUAGGUAAUUUAGCAUGACAAAUUUCAUUUUUCACGCUGAUCCUUUUUGACGGGAAAGGAAGUAGUAGACGAUCCUACGGUUUCCUUUUUUCACUAUAGCAGCGACUAAUCUCAACGCAAAAGUGCUUUCGGAGAUGCCGACCCCGACGCACCUCCUACUUUCGGGUCAAGAGUCACUAACGAGCGACGCAGGACAUCAAAAGGCGCAAAUAUGAAGCAAAAAUGGACCUACAACCAAUCCAGGAGUGCUGCGAAGUAGUCGGGCGCCGAGUAAUGCGGCGCUGCAGUAGGGUUCAAGGGUUAGGGCUAGGGUAAAGGGGGGCAACUGGGAGAUGCAGGGCAUAACUCCGUGUUUUCCUGUGUCUCUUGGUGGCGUUUACGUACCACUGCCAGAGCUCAGGCUCAGGUAGGGUCGGCAGGAAGGGCAAGAAGAGGCGUCUUGCUUAGGACCUGCCAGUUCUUUGGCGCCUGUUCUGACGCAAGGAAGGGCAAGCAGAGGCGGCUUGCUUAGGACCUUGCGGUUGUGCGGAGGUUGAUAGGUGCAGUACGGAUGAGGAGGUAGUAUUGCGCCCAUCUGAAGCCAGGGCUGAUUGCUGGCUCCGGCUGACAUUCUCCCAGGCAACUCCCCGAGCUUGACUGGCUCACAGCUAAAAAGGGUUUUGUUUCAUCAAGCUCCGGUGGUGAUAAGUUGAAACACUAUUCACCAGCUAUUUACAAGCAGGAACAUAGAAAGUACGCUAAACAGUUACUCGCUCGCCUGAAGAAGCGAGCACCCGAUUGAUUUUUCACGCUGAGCUAAUUUGUAAUGCAAUUUAUACUACUAGUACGAUGCUUUUGCAAUUCAUAUCGGUACUACGGGCAGUUCGUGUGCAGCAUCACCGUCGAAUUACCUCAGCGACAUCGAGGAAUGCACGAAGUCUGAUCAACAGGUGGUUGAGUUGACGGUUUUUGAAAAUAAGACGCGCGAGCAAAAGUAUCGUAGUCGUACUCGUAUUGCAAUCAUGCAUUACAAAUUUUUUUCUCAAGGUAAAUCCGCAUUACAAAUUUAAUUUCUCAUGCUGAGGAAAUUUGUAAUGCAUUUAUACGAGUGUGAUACUUUUGCAAUGCAUAAAUAAGACGCGUGA